UUUGACCCCACUCGCUUUCUCAUCGCUACCACUGCGAUUUGUGUGGAGCAUCCUAGAGCGCUUCUGUCCUCUUCAAAGUGCUAGCGUUACCGGUCGCUACUGACCAGCCGCUGUCACGACAACAACCGCUCUCUACCUCCUCUUCCUCGACAUCGCCUGCCUCUUCGACUUCUCACGACUCUUCGAGCGCCGUGACCCGCACACAGUAGACGCCCAGCAUGGCGCAAUCUAGACCAGGAGGCGGGCACGCUCCCCAGCCCAGCGUCGCAAAUGCCGCCAGCCUUUUCGGCGCAGGAGGUGGUGAGGACAGCGAUCCUUUUGCAACCAUCUCUUCCCCUCCAGCACCGGCUGCAGCUCCUCAGCUUGGGACGAUGAGCGAGGAGCAAGAGGAUGGAGGAGCUGCUGACCUUUUUGGAGAUGGGCAGCAAAACCAACAGUAUAAUCAGUACUAUCAGCAGCAGUACCAGCAGCAGCAGCCGGCUGACAUUGGAUCGCAAGUCGCGUCAUCAUCGAGCGGUCUAUUUGGCAACGAUGCUGCAACAGCCAACGAUGACUGGCUCGGCGGCGGCGGCGAUGCCAAUGCAGGCUAUGAUCAAUGCCAACAACAGCAGCCGUACGACCCUUCCGCAGAUUCGACAAGCUGGUAUGACGGCGCCGGCGCUCAACAGACAGACUACUCAGCCACGGCGCAGAGCUCGUCUGGCUACGAUGCAUAUGGCCAGCAGCAGCAGCAGUACCCAGACAGCAACUACUACCAGCAGCAAAGCUACGAUGCUGGCGCAUACGACCCAUCGCAGUAUCAGCAGCAGCAAGACCAAAGCUACCAGCAAUGGGACUCGCAGCAGCAGCAGCAUCAGCCGGGAUAUGACAAUUACUACACUAGCGGCGCAGGCGACUCUACUGGGUCCUACGCAUACCACGCUCCGCAGCAGCAGUACGCUCCUCCCGCCAGUCAAGCUCACGGCUACGAUGCGCAGGCCUCAGCUGGGCAGUACGACUACUCGGCAGCAACGCAGAGUCAAGGUCAAUACGACCAUACUUCGGCCAAUGGGUACGAUGCGAGCCAGCAGAGUCAGCAACAGGACUACUACGGCACCACCUCAUACGAUCCGCAGGGCUACGCACUGCAGUCCGCUGAUGGGUACCAGCAGGACCAGUAUGCAGCUAACUACGGGCAGUACGACGCCCAGCAGGCAGACCCUCCUGCUCAAGGAGACUAUGAUGCCUACAAUGCACAGCAGCAGCAGCAAUGGAACUCGGCGCAGACCGACUACCCGUCGCAGGCGAGCCAGCAGUAUCAGCCUUCUCAGCAGUACGACGCAUCCCAACCGGACCCCUACGCUCCGCCUGCGACUCAAAGUCAGUACGAGCCAUCUCCAGCUGCGUCAACCCAGUAUGACCCGAGCAGUACGCCCCGAGCCAGCGGGAUCGACCUGCCUCCAACGUCUCAGGAGCAGCCUCGCUUCACCGCGUCAGAAAUGUCCUACGAGAACUCGUAUGAUGCGCAAUUACAGACCAGCAAUGCGACGACGGACGCCUACGGAGCUCCUCCGACCCAAGCCGCCUCGCACGAAGAGACCACGCCGGCAGCAGCAACGGCUCCCGCAAAUGCGUACAGCCCGUCCCAAUCCGCCUCGCCCUCCAUGCCUGCUGCCCCACCUAAGGGUCCUCCCAAGGGCCCGCCGCGAGGCCCGCCGAGAGGGCCGGCCAGAGGCCCAUCGAGGACGUCUUCGUCCAAGGCUAUUCCUCAGCAGCCCGCAGCAGCCGCGCCCGCUCCCGAUGAGCCCACUCCGCAAUCGCCUGCUCUGCAGCUCAACGGCCUUUCCACCUUCGAUGGACCUGCAGCUCAGCAUGCUCCUUCGGUGACAGCGGCAGCGAGCGAGGAACAGCCCGCGCCCUGGGACGUUGCCUCUACACCCGCCGCAGAUGCAGCAUCGUCGUCGACUGAUGGUGCUUCCCUCUUCUCCCCGCCUGCGGACCCAGCAAGUGGCGAAGCGCCUUCGCAAUUGGCCGAUCCAGAUGACUCGGAGACCUCCCUCGCACCACCCCCCCGCUCCAGGCAGGCCACUCCCAAGCUCCUCGUCACGGGGGACGACGAUUCUACCAAAGAGAUUGAGGUCACUCCCUCCCCCGACGAAGAGUACCCAGCUGCUGAUCAGACGAUCAUUGAGCGAAGGGACAGUCUGGCGUCUCAAGGGGCUGGACGGGACGACGAUCUGGACGAGGCCACGCGCGAGUUCAACGACUUGCAGCUCAUCAGUCGAAGUAAGAGCCAAAGCAGUGGCAGUGGCGCUAGCACGUCGAGUCAGAAGGAAGUGGUGGAUGCAAGUCGACCGAUGAGUCGGGAGGUGAAGAAGGGGCCAGAUGUGAAUGCAAAGAAGGGGCCGAAUGCGAGCGUGAGGAGAGGAAAGGGCAGGGGUAAGAGGGUGGAAGAGGAAGAAGAAGAGGAGGACUGGGGGUGGGGCGUUGAUGAGGUUGAAGGUGGUGGUGGCUAUGGAGGUGAGGAGGCGGGAUAUUCGGGUGAUCAAGCGUCGCGCGAGGAGCCGAUCGAUCAGCCCGAUCCCUACGCCCCUCCUCCUGUUACGCAAGGCCAGGACCAGUAUGCGCCUCCUUCUCCUGUCGCUGCCUCGGGCGAUCAAGACCCGUAUGCGCCUCCAGCCGCUGCCGCUGGCGCAUCGGAAACUUACGAGCCGGAAGCUGCAGCAGAUUACGGAUAUGGCUAUGAUGCCGGCUAUGGUCGCGAAGCUGAAGACGGUGGGGACGCCGAGAGCGGCGAUCAAGCCUCGCGCGACGCGGCAGCAGAGAGUCACGAUGCAUAUGCACCUCCUUCUACCUCCGAGGGUCAGGAUCCCUACGCACCUACACCUGGCAGCGCAUCGCAAGGGUAUGAGUCGGAGGCUGCGACGGGGUACGGCUACGGAUAUGAGGCUGGCUACGGAGGCGGAAGCGGGGAAGAAGCUGGUGCUGGGCAAGAUCCAUACGCCCCUCAAGUGCAGGGUGGAGAAGACGAUGCAGAGGCGUAUGUGCCUCGACGGGACGCAGACCCGUAUGCCCCUCAGGAGGAUGAGGAUCUGUACGCCCCUCCUGACCAACAGACAGAUCCCUACGCACCUUCGGCGACCGGACAGGCGGACGCAUACGCCCCUUCGAAAGCAGCUGAGGCGGACCCGUACGCACCACCUGCGACAUCUGAACAUGACCCGUAUGGUCCGCCUCCGACUUCUCAUCAUGAGCAAGACCCCUACGGUCCCGCCAUAGGCUCGCAGUACGGCUCUUCGUCUUCAUCGGCUGCCAAGCAAGACCUCUACGCUCCUUCCGCCAGCAACGCAGACCCAUACGCUCCGAUAAACACAAGCAGUCGAGGCGCCUACAACCCAUACGAGCCUGCAGAGCAGUCGGCGCUCCCAACUCAGGACCCUUACGCACCGCCAAUCAGCUCGAACGCUGUGGCUGACCCGUACGCGCCUUCCUACGGAACUGAGUCUGGCUCGCAGGAUGCCGGAUGGGGCUCGUCACUGGGCGGAGCAGAUGGAGCCUACGCAGCACCGCCAAUGUCGCGCGGCUACGGCUCAGGAGCCUCUUCUGCAGUGCCGGACACACCCUUGGCCUCCCGAGCACCUGCUGCGCCUUCUUCUGCCGGCUACUCGGCGUAUGGACCUCCCUCUCACCACGGCCGCUCCGACUCUCAGUCAGGCUCAGUCUUCGACGAAGGCGCUGCAGGCCCAUAUGGACCGAGCGCUGCAGUGGCCGGGGGAGCGGGCUACUUUGGCAGCCGUGCACCCAGCUCGAGCUACAGUGCGGCUCCGCACGAAGCUGCUUCGCCGUACGAGCUUCCCCGCGAGAGGGAACAAGGCUUUGAAGCCGGCUACGCAGAUGCGCCUGAUCCAGCAGAGGAGAAGCGCAAUGCCCGCAUCCCUCUUGCGUGCUUCGGCGUGGACGGCAAGAUUGUCACCUUCUUCCCGACGCAAAGUCAUGCCAGCAGCGGGCUGGGCGACGGAUAUGGCUACGGCAGCGAUACUGCGCCGCCAACGAAAGUCUCGGUGCGCCAACUUUCCAACCUCGUCCCGCCCACAGCGUUCGCCUCGUCCUUCGACCCGCUGCUCUUCCCUGGACCCGCAUUCGAGAGCACUGCGGUCACCAGCGCCAUUGCACGAGCGACGGGAGCGGGCAGCAGUGUCUCCACCAGCGUCAAGAGCAAGAAGACGACGCUCAUCAAGUUCUUGCGUGAUGCAGCUGCUGACCUCGAGGCCGGCAUGGGCUACCGCAGACGCCGGCCGUCAGUCGUGGAUGCGGUCAAGCCUCACGACGUCUCCUCGUCGUCCUCCUCUGCUGGCGACGAAGAGGCCGGCAAGGCAGAAGAUCGUAUCCUCCUCAUCCGCCUCCUCGCCAUCAUGCUCGAGCAAGACGGCAACGUAGCCAACAAUGCGGCGUUCGACGAGGCGGUGCGAGCGCUGCUGGCUGGAGAGCAAGGUGCGCAGCAAAGCUCGACCUUCGCGCCUGGGUACGCAGACCCGAAGAGCAGCACUGGGAACGGCGCCUCGGGCACAACGCUGCACAGCUACGAGGUGACAUCGAAGCAUCUCGAGCAGAUUCGCGACCUCCUCGUCACAGGCCAGCGUCGCGAGGCUGUAGCCUACGCCACAUCUCAGCGACUGUGGUCCCACGCUAUGGUAAUUGCUAGCGCUGUCGAUCAAGAGACGUGGAGACGAGUGGCGAGCGAUUUCAUCGAGGCUGAGUUGUCAGGUGAUGCAGGUGAUAAGGACGCGAGCCUGAAGCUGGCGUAUGGCCUCUUCUCCGGGCAGGAGCCUUCCAUGAUCCAGACUCUGUUCCGACCGGAUGUUCCGCCCUCUGCGGCCUCGUCAUCGCAGGACUGGCGCAAUUCCGCGGCCGUCAUCCUUGCCAAUCGCUGCGCAGGCGACUCGACCGCUCUGACAGCAAUGGGCGAUGCCCUCGCCAACGCAGGUCGUCAAGAAGCGGCCCACAUCUGCUACCUUCUUUCACCUCGAACCUCCUCAUCAGGCGGCGUCGACGCUCCCAAUGCUCGCAUGUCGCUUCUCGGGGCACCCAGCCCGCUGGCCAGUACCUCCUACCUCCGCGACAUGGAUGCCUUCAUCCUAUCAGAGAUUUACGAAUUCUCCUUCGCACUCGUGCCCCCUCUCAAGGGCCAAGAAGCCUUCCCUGGCCUCGCCCACUUGCAGGCUUACCGUCUCUUGCACGCCCUGCAGCUCGCCGAGCUGGGAGAGACGAAGCGCGCACAGAAGUACUGCGAGGCCAUUGCGGGGGUGAUGAAGGCGACGAAGCAGUCCCCUUAUUUCCAUCGCACACUGGUAGCGCAAGUCAAGGAGUUGUCAGACCGCCUGAUUGGUGGACCUCAGCUGGACAGCGGUGGCAAUUGGGUCACAAGAAAGAUGCAGCGACCUACACUGGAUGGGAUGCUUUCUGCCUUCGAAGGGAGAUUUGCCAAAUUCAUUGCGGGAGACGAUGAUAGUCCUGCGAGUGGAAGUGCCACACCCAACGGUGGUGGGAUGCAGCAGCAGCAACAGGGCGGAGGAGACAAGAGUCGAGGUGCUGGUAGCGUCAGCGGUCUUCCCAGCACGGCAGGCUCGUCCGUUGGAGCCUUCUCGCACUACUCCGCCAUCACGCCUGACGCCAUGUCCGGGGGCAUCUCGCGCGUUCAGUCUUUUGCCGACUUCAGUGGAGCAGGCAUCAGUCGCCCUGGCUCGCGAGCUCAGUCUGCUGCGGGCUUCAGGCAGCACGGCGCGAGGUCGCCUUCGUUCAUGCAGCAGCAGCAGGAUCGAGCCGUGUCUGCCAUGGGCAGCGGAGCGGGACCCUACGGUGUGCCGCCCUCUUCCGCCGGCGGCAGUCCAUACCUCGGCUGGUCAAGAUCCGACUCGCCUGCUCCUGCUGGUCAUCAUCAGCAGCAGCAACAGCAGCAGCAGUAUCAGCAAGGCCCCUAUGGACGCUCGAGUGUCGAGGCAAGCGAGGCAGAUGCAGGCGCCGCAGCUCCCUGGCCAGGGCAGUCAGGCCCGGGAGAAGAACAGCCCAACGACGAUGGCGCAGGCUACCAAGGACCUUCGUACGGCUACGAUGCCGACAAUGAGACGCCUAGCGGGACCCGGCCGCAGUUCAUCAGCAACUUGGAUGCCGACUUCGGCGAGGCAGGUAACGGAGGAGACGCAGAGGGAGGAGGAGGAGCCGACUUUGUUUCUCCCAUGGACGCCUUCACGCCAGCUGGAGCCGCUUCUUUCCCCUCGUACACUCCUGCCAGCCAUCAGCAGCACUCCUCUGGCCGAGAGGAUCCGAUCGAGGACGACGACGACGACGACGACGACCUCGGCUUUGGCAACUCGGCCCACCGGAGGAACAGGACUGAGGGCGACACAGCCGCCAGCCACGAUGAGCAGCAGCAACGUGAACCGUCUAAGCAUGCGGAGGAGGAGAGCAAUGCCUCUACUCCUACAGCGGCUGCUGCCACCUCGUCCGCAGCGAAGCAACCCGAGCUCAAGCCUUCGCCCUCAACCUCGUGGCUUGGUCGCCUCUGGGGUCGCAAGGAGCCUGCGGCAGGCGACGCAGCAGCGACAAAGGCCGCGCAGGCCCACAUGGGAGAGGAGAGCGCCUUCUACUACGACAAGGACCUCAAGCGGUGGGUCAAUAAGAAGGCUGGAGACACAGGUGGAGCGGCUACCCCUCCGCCUCCGCCGCCGAGGGCUACAACCGCUUCGCCCUCGAUGGCCUCGCGCGGUGGGCCCGGUGGUGCGCCGGCGCCGCAGCGCUCCUUCUCUGCUGCGAACAGUCGUACCAACUCGAGCCAGGACCUCGGCAACGACUACCGAAGCGGCGCGGCUGGUGGGCCAGGAGGACCACCUCGAGCCGCCUCCUCCGCCUUCAGCAGCUCAGCACGCGGCACACCUCCCAUCGCGGAGAGUGACCGCACCGCGGCGAAUGGCACACCUCCCCCAUCAGAGGGUGGGCCCCCUUACUCGACGAUGUCCUCUCCCGGCGCUGGGUCUCGCGGAGGGAUGGGUAGGACUCGUUCGAACUUGGGAGACCUCAAUCAGCCUGCGGCGAUGCAGCCUGCCAUGGGCGCGGCUGCUGCCGGUGGAGGACCACCAGGAUCAGCAUCCUCAUCGAUGCCUCCGCCGCCGGCGCCUCCUGCUGGACGAGGGGCGGGCGCUAAGAAGAAGCCCAUUUCGAAGAGAUAUGUGCGUGUAGACUAGAUGCGCGGGGGAUUUGGUGCGCGGUCGCGAUUGUGUUAUAGUCAUUCGGCAAUGAUAAUGUUUGCGAUUCAUGGC